AUGAUGGUAUUUUCUUCUAUUAAAAUAUUCCUUUUUUCUAUUGUAUUGGAACUUUUGUUAUUAUCAGAUAGGAACUUGAUUCCUUCAUGUUAUGAAGAUGUAUACAGCUUCAAAAAAGUAACAAGACAAAAUAUAUCUAUAAGAACCUUAUCACAAUGUUUGAAUACACAACCAAUAAGUAAAAAAYAAUCAGUCGAAGAUAAACUAAAGGAAAAGGUAAUAAAACAAAAUGAAGACACAAAUGAAAAACAGACAAGUAUAAUUGAUGAAUCUGAACAAGAAAAUUCAAUAGACUUAAAUGAUUAUACUAACAUUGGUUCAACUCUAAACCCAGAUGAAAUCCAUAAUUGUUAA